AUGCUGUUCUCCUGGAUCCUGCUCACUACGGCUGCCACUGCCACGGCGGCGACGGCGCUGCAAGUCCUGCCGCCCGUCAACUGGACUUCCACCACUACUACUACAGAUGUCUUCAAGAUCGCCAAUGCGCCGCCGACGGUGUACGUCUCCUCCUCCUCAGCCGCAGUCCGCGACACCGACGGCAUCACCCUCAUCCCCCCCUCUACCCUCGAGUUCGCAAAUACCUUCGCCGCCGAUCUUUUAGACCUCUUCGGGAGAGAAUUCACGGUGCAGGUUGUCGACGAGCCGCCGAGUGCCGGCGUGUACUUGACCAUCCUGCCAGAGGAGGCGAGAGGCGGGCUGGAGUAUGAGUCCGGCCAGGCGACGACAGAGGGGUAUGAGCUCGAGAUAAGUGGAGCGUUGGUGCAAGUGAAGGGGGCCGGGGCGAGGGGGGCUUGGUGGGGGACGAGGACGCUGCUGCAGAGCUUAGUGGUUGGUGAUGGGACUGUGAAGGCGGGGAAGACACGGGAUGCUCCCGCCGUGAGCACUCGCGGGUUUAUGCUCGACGCUGGACGGAAGUGGUAUUCACUCGGUCUCCUCAAAGAACUAUGUACCUACGCCAGCUUCUUCAAGUUCUCGGAGUUCCAAUACCACGCCAGCGACAACUACCCUUUGAACCGGGGGCGGAAUGAGACGUGGAGCGAGGUGUACAGCCAAUUCUCGCUGCUUCCCGAGGAUGAAUCACUGCUCGGACUGAUCGCUCGGAAGAACGAGACGCUCUCGCGCAUGAAGUUUGCGGACUUCCAGCGGCACUGCGCGCAGCGCGGGAUCACGGUCAUUCCCGAGAUCGAGAGUCCCGGGCACGCCUUAGCGAUCACGAAGUGGAUGCCGCAGCUGGCGCUGGCAAAGAAGGAUCUGCUGAAUCUUACGCACCCAGAGACGAUUCCAACCGUCAAGAAGAUCUGGAACGAGUUCUUGCCGUGGUUCAUGACCAAGGAGGUCCAUAUCGGCGCGGAUGAGUAUGAUGCGACGCUUGCGGAUGUCUACAUCGCGUUUGUUAAUGAGAUGGCGGCUUGGGUCAAGGAGGUCAGCGGGAAGAGGGUCAGGAUCUGGGGGACCAAUGAGCCCUCGACCACGAUGAGUGUCAGUAAGGAUAUUGUCAUCCAGCACUGGCAGUACGGCGAGUCGGACCCGGUGCUACUCGAGCAGCAGGGAUACGACGUGAUAAACAGUGAAGACUGGUGGGGCUACGUCUCCAUCAAGAACGACCACACGCCGAUCCUGCCGCGGCCGUACCCGCAGCAUUUCGAUACCGACCGCACACUGAACUUUGCCGGCGUCGAGGGGUGGCAGUGGGAGCCGCGCCUUGUCAAUCCGUUCAAUACGAGCGAGGAAUGGCAGAUUCCGCAGGGGAGCAAGAGGCUGCGGGGUGCGACAAUGGCGAGCUGGAACGACAACGGUCCGGAUGCGAGCACGCAGCUAGAGGCGUACUACGCGUGGAGGGAGGGGAUGCCUGUCGUUGGUGCACGCGCCUGGAGCGGGAGUCGUGGCCCGCUGCUGGAUACAUCCACCCUCGCCGAAUCCGUCGCCCGCCUCGCCACCGCCGCCCCCGGGCAGAAUCUCGACCGCCGUAUCCCAGCUCUGCCUGUGAGCUGGAACGGCACCACUCCUGCGGUGAUAGGCCUCGGCAGCAAGGGGAUGAACUACACCCUCACCAUCUCGUACACCGCACCAUUCACUCUCUCCUCUCUACCCGACGCGAACCUCACCCUCCUCCCAUCGGGCGAACUCCACUUCAUCGCCGACGGCACACACUACCCGCUCCGCUCGACCUCGUCCUCGGCCGGCUACGACGCGGGCCACCCGGGCCGGAUCUGGAGCAACGACACCAGCUCAUCGCACGAAGCAGUGCUGCUUCCGUCUCGGGGCACGGUAGUUAUCCGGACCGACGAGAUUGGCGGCAGCCGCGUGUGGGCUGGCGGGGAGGACGAGGAGUUUCUGGGUAGGUUUGAGGCGUUUGUCUACGGUGGCAGGAAUACGGUCACUAGCUGGAGUCAGAUGGCCUUCGUGGCGCCGAUGUAUGAGGCUACGGGAGACGUGGUGGAGGCGACGAUCAGUGAGGGCGUGUGA